CGACGUUCUUUUCGACAAACAGCAUCACUGUCAGCUUGCUGGUGCUAUACUGAAGCAUUCUGCUCACCCACAUACGCUCACGUGGACAUUUCAGCAAUCUUUGUCUUCGAAAUGGAGCCGCCAGAGCCCAGUGCGCCUCGUGGAGGCCACACAGAAGCCCCACCACGCACCUCGCCACCAUCAGACGCCAACGAGGCGACUACUGCCAGGCACCGGUCGCGAACAGCUCGUCCAUCGAACACGCCAGCUGCAGCAUCAUCCAGAAGACGGCACGACACGAGAGGGUCACAACAGUCCGGACGGAGCAGCCACGUGAGCCAGGGGAAGGGAUUUGUGGUCAACAACUUCACUCAGCAGCGGCUGAAGGCGUGGCAGCCGAUCCUCACGCCAUGCUGGAUGAUAUGCACCUUCUAUGUGGUCGGCCUGACGCUGCUCGUCAUCGGUGCGGUGCUGCUCAGUGCGUCGAGCGACAUAUACGAGUGCGUGCAGCGGUACGACCAGAAGGGCAAGCUCGAGACCACCAUCCAGAUGACCUUCAGCGCCGAUGAGUGUGUGGGGCCGAAGCGGCACAUCGACACGAUCCCCGGGCCUGUGUACGUCUACUACGAGCUGAGCAACUUCCACCAGAACUAUCGCACGUACGUCAACAGCAGGAGCUUCGCCCAGCUGCGCGGCGGGGUCAUCACCGACACAGACCGGCUGCUGACCUGCAAGCCAUGGGUUUCUUAUAAAAAAAAGGAAGACAAUGAAGAAAAGGAGAUUAUCUACUCGCCAUGUGGCCUCAUCGCCCGCAGCGUCUUCAACGACACCUACUCGUUCUACCAGACCAACCCCACUACUGGCCUGCGGGAGAGCGUCACCGUGGAUGAUUCCCUGGAGACCCUCGUCUUCGCAAUGGACAGGAGGAGCCGCUAUCAGCGGCAAGAGCAGUACUUCGAGUCACCCUUCGGGGGUGACGAGAGGCGGUACCAGAAUCCGCGGACCAACCACACCAAUGUGGCUCAGUGGCUGCUGGUGCCGGGGACCUAUGGGGCCCCGCAGGUGUUCAACGAGAGCGGCCAGCCGCUGUUCCCUGGGGGCGUGGCCGACCCGCAUUUCAUCGUGUGGAUGAGGACGGCGCCGCUGCCAAACUUCAGGUGGGCAAGGGAUUCCGGAGGAUGCAUGGACGCCGGCCGGUAAGGCGCUGAUGUGUGUCUGCGUGUGUGUCCGUGUAUGUCUGUUCAGGAAGAUGUGGGGCAAGCUGGUGCUGCCCGGUGACGAGCUGGUGCUGCCAAUCGACGUCGAGAUCGACAACCGUAAGCCAAACAACGUGGCAGCCAGGGAUAUCAGGCCAGCUCAUCUCUCUCUCUCUCCCUCUCUGUUGUGUGAUCGUCCAGGGUAUCCUGUAGGGGGUUUCGGCGGAGCUAAGAAGCUGGUGCUGUCGACGGCCAACUGGCAGGGGGGGCGGGACUUCUUCCUCGCCGGGGCAUACUUCGCAUUCGGGGCGCUGCUCUUCCUGCUGGGGCUCGUCUUCUCCUGCAAAUACCUCAGGAAACCAAGGUCGGUGACGCAGGACGCGCAGACCCACCACAGAUGGCCAUGUGUCUGACUGUCUUGGGCGUUCCUUCCUUCAGGCCUUUGGGGGAUGUGAACUAUCUGCAUUGGGUCCGCAAGUGAUGGAUGCCCC